GGGAUUUUCCAAUUUUUCUAAAAGUGGACAAGGAAUUUUAAGAUGAGGAGGAAACAAAUUUGAAAUUGCCCUCAUCAUCAUCGUAAUCGUAUAAUUUAAAGCAGAACUUGGAAUUUUUUAGUUGAGGAUGUGAUUCACCCACGCGUGUUUAUAAUUGGAGUGGAUGGACUCCAGAUUUGUGCGAAUUACACGUCAGUUUCCAAUUGAAAUCAAAAGCAAGACAGGCUCCACUCAGAUAGUGCAAGUUUUAAAACAGAAAUAUAUCCAGAGAGGAAAAACGGUAAAUAAAUAUACAGAUGAACGAUAGUUCAACCAGUAGGUUCGUAAGAGAUUAUGUUGUUCAUCGGAUACGGCAAGACGGUAUCACUAUCCCUGGAUUUGCAGAUGUCAGUGAAGAGGCACCAUGUGACGUAACAGCAUCAAUUAGGAGAAUAUGUCAUGAGAUUGAAGAGAGUCAAAAGGAAUUUUUUGGAGAAUGUUGUCAUCAUUUGAACAUUAGUCCUACAACAUUGUACGCACAAUUUAUGGACCUAGCUAGUGAGCUAUUUAAAAAUCCUCACAAUGGAAUGAACGGCUUAGAUAUUUCGUGGGGUAGAAUUGCCACGUUCUUAACAUUUUGCGGGACACUAGGGGCACAUUGUGCAGCCAAAGAUCUUGUGAACCUGGUUCCGAGCGUAAUUGGUUGGACAGUACGUUACAUAGAUCAACAUUUAAAUGAUUGGAUGACACAGAAUAAUGGAUGGGCCGGCUUUGUAGAAUUUUUUCGUCCAAGGCCAGGAGGAUCGGAGCCCAUAGUGGCACCAGGAACAGUAGCAAUGGUCGCUGCAGGGCUAAUGGGCCUAAUUUACGUAUUAAAUAGAUGAAAAUGAAUUUUCAUGAAGAUAAAAUAAGUUAAUUUAUGGUCAUUAGAAUGAAAAAGACGACUUAUGGUGUAUACCUGGCAAUGCCUCCCCUCCCACUCCCUAUCACCAUUUUGUGUCACCGUGUUUAGGUAUGAUGGACUGUUCAAUUACUUUAGGAAUAUUUUAUUCUUAAUUCACAUAUUUGUAAUCAAAUAAAUAUCUUGUUACAUUAUUUGUCUUCCUUUUCAUCACUGCUCUAAACUGCCAUUUUGAUUGGGAGCUUUAAGUCUAAUAAAUAGAUUGAGAUAUAUAAGCGUCAUUUUUGUAUCAAUUAAACAUUUUUCGAAAAGAGCAAAUGAAAAUAAUGUAAGGAUGUAUAUGCGUAAGAAGAUAUUAUAUUGUAUGUUUGGAUUUAAUCUUUUGAAACUUUCACAGAAAUAUCGGUUGAAAUCUACAUUGUAGCAAUAUUUUGAAUACAUUAGAAUAAGAAUUUCUCCUUCACUAUAUUUAAUGCCGAAAUGAAUCCUCAGAAAUUGCAGUAAGAUAUAAUUAUGUAAAUUUAUGCAUAGCCAGAAUUAUUCAAAUAUAUAUUUGCCACUUGCAUGUAGAUAUUGCAGACAGUAUCCUGAAUGGUAAAUAACGUGUAGCUUUUUGAAGAUUUCCUAUCAAGCCAAAAGAAAGAAUAUUGAGAAUUUAAAAUCGGUAGUUUUGAGUGCUCCAGCUUUAAGGGAAGUAGUAUGCAGGAUGGGAAAUAUGAUUGAGUACAUUUUCUUACAAUCCUAUUUUAAAAAUCUGAAUAUUUUCUUCAUUAUUUGUAAUUAUUCUAUAUCUAUCAAGAUGAGGAAAACUCGUCCUGAAUGCUGAUUGCAACAUUAAUGCAAUUUAAGUGUCAUUUGCUCUCCUCGAAUCAAGUGUAAUGAGUCGAGAGAGGGCUCUCUUUUUAGAAAUAUUUUGUUUACUUUUUAAUACUAUACCUAGGUAGAUAUUUAGUUUAGUUCAAAACACAAAUUUAUAUACAAAUACUUGUAUUUAAUUUCUUCAUACAAUUUGAUGCUAAACAUAUUGGUUUCAAAUAACUUCAGAGGUUCGUAGAGAGUAGUAGAAACUAGUAAAACUAUAUUGGCAUUGCGCUGAUGCCAACUACACAAAUUGUUGAAACCUAUGUGGAAUAUCCGAUAAGGGGAUAAAUUUAUUUGAAAUUCAAAUCUCAUCAAUGUAUGUAACAUAUUACAUUCUAGAAUAUUUAUAGAUACUGUCAGCUGUUUCCAUGGAUACAUUAUAUUUAUUCAACUUAGCAGCGUAUCAUGUAAGCAACCACUAAGAUUGAUGAAUAUUCUAUCCAACAUUAAUAUUGUGAAUCUUAAAUGCAUCCAUUAAUUUAGAAUCAAUUGUGAUGAUCUAACAACAUUUCUACUGAGAGGUUUCAUUAUAGUAAUGCAUUAAUAAAAAUUGAUUUGAAAAUUGUCUUAAUUUUUUUUUCAACAGGGCUACCAUCCCAACCUAUUAUAGAAAUAAUAAGCUUGAAAUUAAAAGCUUAUUUGAAUUAUUUGUAAUUAUUUUGUUGGGACCAAUUGUUAAGAUAUGGUUUUAAAUUCUUUUGAGAUAAGAAGUGACAUCAUUUUAAUUUUUUUAAUUCAUUUACAUAAAGAGUUCAUUUUGCUUGGUUAUUUUUGGUCAUUUUAGUAUCAUAUGUUGUGCAUUUGCUGGUAUGGGAUGUCAGGCAAAUCUGGAUUUCAAUUUGUAAAGCAGAUGAGAAUGAUAAAGACACAGAGACACCAUUUGAAUAUUUAUUCAUUAACCACUAUAUCAAAGCGUAUUAUUCAUGCCUAUUCCCUUUGGAUUUUAUCAAUGAUUAUACCUUAGAAUACCGAGAGCUGAUAUUUUAUAUUGUGUCAAAAUACAUUGUUUAUUACAGUUCAACCUCCAAUUCAAGACUACCUUUAGGGCCUGAAAAUUUAUGGUGAUCAGCAUUCGGUCUCAAAUUAGAGAGUUAAUUAUAUAUAAAAGAUUGAAGGGUGUUAGUUUGUACUAAGGUAUCUCAAAUUAAAGUGGUCUUGGAAUUUGAGGGAUAUUGAAAAUUAUAGUGUCUCGAAAUUAAAGGGGUCUCAAAUUGGUGGCGAACUGUAUUCAACUUCUUAAGAAGAAUGUAUACAUGUUUUGUGACUAUUUAGUGUGUUUAUAAUUGUGGAAUUGGUUUCUACAAUUAAUGUUAAUUAUUUAUUAAUUUUUAGUGAUUUCUAUUGCUGUAUUGUGUAUUGUUUGAAAAAAAUAUUACGUACAGGUCUGAUGUAGUUAAAAUGAGACCUAAUACAGACUGGAAUGGUAGGUGUUGUAACUAGUUAUCUUGUAUAUUUAUUUUUUAUAGCUAGCAAAUGGAUAUUAGAUAACAAGAAAUAGCAGAUCAAUUUGGUUAUAAUAAUAGAUUUUAUACAUCAAUAUUGUGUAGAUCUACUUGGUAUGUUCCAUGUUGGAGAAAUAAAACAAGUACAUAGCCAGUCCUGUUAGUAUUGCUAAAUUCCAGAUUUAUCAUCAAGCCUAUUCAAAGUUUUAUUUGCUUUUGGUACUUUCAGAAAUAAUUUAAAUUGAUUUUGCUACUGGAACUUACUAAAAAAACUUGCUAAAGAUACACCAGCUGUCAGGGAAUAUUUACAUACGUACUCUCUACUGCUCAUUGGAGCUUGACAAAGUAAUUCAGAAAUGUUUAAUUAAUCUGUAUUUAUUAUUACUAUAAAAAGUAGGGUGGAGACACAUUUCUGGUAUCGUCAGGCUUCUACAGAUUCAAUGUUGAAAUGUAACUGGCUGAACUAUAGAGGGGGUGUGUCAUAGUAGAAUAUGAAACUCUAGAGGGGGUGUUUCAUACAAUAUUUAAACCUACAGAGAGAGGGGGGUGUUGUACUGUAUAGUUCCUAUAUAGAGAUCUAUAUAGGAACUCUAGUAUUGUAUAUGUUAUAUAGAAAUGUAGAGGGAUGUUUUCAUUAUAAUAUAAGAAGUCAGAAAAUUGUUAUAUUAUUUUCAAUAUUAUAGGUAGUUAUGAGUUUUGUUUUGAGUUUAUGUAAAUGCAGUUUUAUGUGUAAAUAGGAAGUUACAAUUUUGUAAAAGUUGCCUAGCAGGUAUUUUAAAGGAUAGUGGUGAUGAUUAAUAGAGACAGGAAACUAUGUUGUGUAAAAAUAUUAAGUGUAUGUUCCAACAGUGAUUGAGGGUCUGUUCAAUUGAUGCAUGGUGGUGAGAUGUAUCCAGGUAUAUGACUCUUAGUGUGUAGGCUUAAUUGCCAAACAAGAAACAAGGGGAGUGGUGGGGCUUAAUUAGAAGAACUAAUUAUCAACAGCAGCUUAUACUUGUACCCAUAAUUCAUAAAGUUAAUUUUCUAAAUUUGUAGUAAAUUGUGUAUCAAUAACAGUAUCUAUUAGGAUAUAGUAGUAAAAAUAUAUUUCAAACAUUUGUUCACUCAUUUUCUUAUUGGCACCAUUCACUAGAUUGUAGUUUACUUACCAUUUCAAAUUCAUAAUCAAUACAAGAUUUGUGCUUGUUUACUGAUGUUUUUUGUUUCUCCUCCCUAGAUAUGUAGUGUUUAAAUAUGUACAGUUCUGUUCAUAUUUUAUUUUGCAUACAAAAUGGUAACUAGAAGUUAUAUUGAACAAUUUCCACGAUAAUUAACAUUAUACAGAAAAAUAUUAUAUGAAAUACGCCCCUUGUAUCUUAUUAUAUUUAUGAUAUCUGUUUAUUAAUGUAAAUAUUGUAGUGACAAAAUAGUAGGUAUAUGUACACUGUAUAAAUUUUAAUGUACAAACAGAUCAGAUAAAUAGAAAAAUGGCAAAAGUACGAUCGCACGUUAAGUCGUUGAGGGCGUAAUUGCGAAAGAACUAAAAGCUACCAAAAGCUGUGAUCAACACAUAAUUAUACAAGUAAGAAAACAUUACCUUACUUGUGUUUUUGAUUGUACCAAUCGAAUGUAACAUACAUGUCCGCUAGUUGAUGAAAAAGAUGUAUUCUUUCAAUUCGCUUUUGAUUGUGUGUGUGAAUACAAAUGCUAUUAAAAAUUAAAUUAAAUA